AACCAGAAUGAACAGAGCUCUACAAACCUCAUAUCUCAUAAAUGGCAAUUGUCUGAAUAGAAUCCAAAUAAAAUUAACUCGUGUUCGAAAAUUAUUCAAGAUUUUCGAAAGAGCUCUUGAAACAUUCAAUAUCGACGGUUUUGUAUUUUCAAACUGCAAGUAUAUAAAGAAUUUUAAACGAAAAUUUAUUUUAGCAACUUUUGGGGCCCCUGUAUAAGUGACAGAUCUUGGAGUUUGAUAUGAUAUAUGACAAGAUUCAGGAAGUGGGAGGCAGGCAGGUGAAAGCUCCAAAACUUGCUCCCCAAAAAAACUUAUUACAAAAAAUAUCUCAUGAAAUCAUUAAAAAAAUUGCUAUGAUCUUAAACUGUUAACAUGGGAUUUGAACUUAACAGAUUUCAAGGAGAAGUAGAUGAAGAACUGGUGUGUCCUAUAUGUUCAGGUGUUUUGGAGGAUCCUAUCCAGGCUCUUGUCUGUGAACAUGCAUUUUGUAAAGCUUGUAUAACAGAGUGGAUUUCCAGACAACCGACCUGUCCAGUUGACCGGCAGAUUGUAACUUCUCCACAAUUGCGACAAGUACCAAGAAUAAUAAGGAACCUACUAUCAAGACUAUGCAUAACUUGUGAUAAUGCCCAAUAUGGGUGUACCCGCGUGCUAAAAUUGGAUGCUCUAGCUACACAUUUGGAAGAAUGUGAACAUAAUCCGAAAAGACCACUUCCUUGUGAACAGGGUUGUGGACUUAUUAUCCCUAAGGAUGAAUUGAAAGACCAUAACUGUGUAAAGGAGUUAAGAGCACUAAUACAUACUCAACAACAAAAAUUGAGUGAAUUUCAACAGGAAAUGACUGAACAAAGGUUCCUGAUAGUAGAACAGAGAAGGGAGAUGCAAUUACUUAAGGAUUUUAUGAGAGCAAUGAGGAUAUCGAAUCCCUCUAUGAGGGCAAUAGCUGAUGCCAUGGAGAGAGACGAAGUACUGCGUUGGAGUAAUUCAUUACAAAGGGCCAGGGUUACAAGAUGGGGAGGAAUGAUAUCUACACCAGAUGAAAUAUUACAGAGAAUGAUAAAAAGGACAUUAACAGAAAUGGGAUGUCCACCACAUAUUCUCGAUGACUUAAUGGAAAACUGUCACGAACGUAGAUGGCCCCCAGGUUUGUGUUCUCUGGAAACCAGACAGAAUAAUCGUAGGCAAUAUGAGAACUAUGUAUGUAAGAGAGUACCUGGUAAACAAGCAGUUUUGGUUUUAGCCUGUGACAAUAGACAUAUGGGUGAAGAUAUGAUGGUUGAACCAGGUUUGGUCAUGAUAUUUGCCCACGGUAUUGAGUGAAAUAUUUUGUGCUUUAUACAGAGUAACAGUACUAAUUGUGUGGUUUUAGUAAAUAUCUUCAUAUUUGUUAUGAUUGUAUUAUCUGACAUAUUAUUCCUGCAUAUCUACAACAAUAUUCUUGUGUCUGACAGAACUUGUUAGCUGACUGGAUGUAUGAAAUUACAGAAGGUUAUAUUAUUAAUAGAAACUUUGCAGGCUCAGUAUCUCCUUCUACUUCAAGACUUCCACACUUGUGAAUAUUUGAAAUAAUUAAAUUCGAAUUUCUGAAACUAGUGGUGAUAUUAAUACUAAACACACUGUUUAUUACCACUUCACCGACAUUUAUAUCCCUGGCAUGUGGGUAAACUGUUAAAGUGUCCUUAAAGAUAACGGAUAGUAUAAUGGUAAGUCUAGGUGUAGUUAUAGUAAACAGUGUAUCAGUAUUUGAAAUGAUAUAUUCUGUUUUACAUGACGUUCACGUAUAAACCAAGUAAUUAUCUUUCGAGCUAUAGCAGAAUAUCUUGGAACUGAGUUUAAAACAAAAAAAAAUGAUAUUCUAAAGCCACAUGAUUAGUAAUAUUUAACAAGGAUUAUUUCAACUAUAACCUUAGCUAACAUGGAUGAAAAAUGUUUAAUAACAGUAUUAUAUUUUGUUACUGAUUUAUGCAGUACUGUUUGGUUAUUUUUUCGAUACAAAGAGAUUUACUCCUAUGGAGGAAUAAUUUUUAAAAUCAAAGAGACACUCUUAUUUCUAGUUAAUUAAAGCACUAAACUUAUUUCCAACAUUCUGAAUUUAUUAAACAGAUUCUUAAUAACUCUCUAUAGAUGUAAAAUCAAGUCUUCGGUUGAAAAUUCUUCAUUUGGAAGUGGUAUUUGGCUUCAUCUCAAUUAUAUAUAACUAAUACUAAGAAGGAGUAAAAAAUUUAUAACUAAUUGGACACCACUGAAUUUUUAGUGAAAUAAAAAUUGAAUUCAUUUAAAAACUGAAGUAACUGGAAGCACCUUAAUUAAAUUAAUGAUGUGAUCCCUGAACAUUAUCUUUUGAAUAAAUAUAAAUUGCAGCAAUCAUUAAAAAACGAAACAAACCAAUUAUUCAAUCGAUUAACUUUGGGUGAACACUGGUUUAAGCAAAUGUUAACACAGUUUUAGUCAAUUAUACUGUCAAUUAUAUGAUACUAUAGUUAACUUAAAUAACAACUGUCACUGUCAAACAAGCUCUAUAGUCUACUUAUCGUACAGUAAGUUAUCAAUAAAUAUAGACUAUGGAGAAAAACAUGAAUGGUGCGUUAAUUUGGUCCAGAAGUUUAAGUUUUAUAUCGUGUAAUCGCACAAAAUAAAAUAAUCGCUCAAAAAAUUGAGGGUUAAAUUGCCGCACUAUUGAAAAUCAAACUUGGUCCAUGUUAGUUUGAUCAGGUUAUAGUAUGUUUUAAAACAAAUAUACAUUCCUGUUUUCGUAUUGUGUUUAGUAUUGUAUGACAAAAUUUAUUACAUUGACGUGUGACUGAUUUUCUCAUUAUUGCUAAUCGAAGUGAUCUGUCUUUAAAGAAACAACAUGUGCAAGAAGUUAGGUUUUUAUAAGACUGCUUUACGUGCUUGUUAAUUUUUAAUAAAAUAAUUUCGGGGCAAAAUUGUUCUAUUUCAUCAGUUGUAAAAGACCAUGUAUUUUAUAUUAAACGAUGUAUUCAAAUUAUUAAACAUUGCAUACCAGCGAAGCGAAUUUCCUAAUAACUUAAUAAUUUUAUUUAUCUUAUUAUUUUGUUCACAGUUCAUUUUCAUAUGUUGUUGAGCGACAGUCUCUUUCUAAUGGUACACGUACAAUCUUGUUUAUUCCUUACUUUAAUUUACAAAGUUUUCCAAAAUAACUAUCAAUUUAAUUUAAUCGAAUCUGUUCGUUGUUGCUUGGAUAAGCGAAUAUAUCAAAAUUUAUUUUUUGUAAACUGGUUAUAGUCAAUUAUGAUCCAAUGUUUACGACCGGUUUCAUAAUCCCACCCUAACUAGCACUUUAACUAAAACUUCCUUUAGAUUAAAAGGCCCUUUAACUAAAUUGUUAAAGUGAAUUGGUCCGAUAAUCAAUUUGUAACGGCGCGGUGUCUCAAUUAAAGGCUCCUUUAUGACGUUGAAAGAAGGCUGACAAUAUUCUCAUUUUCCAAUAUGUGUCGUUAGAAAAAAAAAUAAAAUGAAACGCAGAAGUGAGUGUUAUUGGACGCUAACAUUUUUUUUGGCUUGAUCUUUGGUGGUGUGCUGUAUUUACCAAUUUAAUUAUUAAAUUCCAUUUUUUUGUUCAGUUUUUCUAUUCAAUGAUUUUCUUAUCAUUUUUAAUCGCAAUUAUUAAAGCUUUUAUAAUAUAGAUGAACAAUUUUUAUUUCUACGACGUUCCUUGUUCUCAUAAUAGAUUUAUCGUAUAAAUUUUCAGUGUUUGCAUUCACUUUUUCCAAUUUUGUCAUGAGAUAUCUCUGAAUACGAUUAACGAAAAAUACGAAGUGGGCCGCGUCUGUCGAUUUUCUUUCAAACUUCAAUAGUGGUGAACAAUAAAGACAGAAUACGAAUUAGUUUUGUUGUUUUAUAGGAAUUAGAAAGUGUUAUUUGAAAUUUUAAUCUAAACUGUAGAAUAAUAUACCUGUUUCAAGUGCUUUUUUAAGGUAAAAAGAAAAAUUUGUAGUGUUAUAAAUGUACUGCUCGUUAAAAUCCCAUUCUAGUGGCCAAUAAAACUCUUGUACCUUUUUGGUAGUUUCGUAUAUAUAUUCAAGUCUCUUCCUCCCGUACUCACAUGAAUAAUUGCAUUUCUAAUCUUUAACUUCAUCAUUCAGAUUAAUUGUGGUCUGAUGUCUUUAAUGGCUUUUGUUCCUUUUAGGCCAGAUAAUACCAUAUGUCCCGCUUAAAAACCGCUUCACUUUCUUUUAGUAAUCUGCUUCUGACUCCAAUAUAUUGCAUGAUGUUAGAAAAGGUUACUUGAAGUUUUGUCAUCUUUUGAUCAAUUGCAAAAAUAGAGAAAUCUCGCCAAAAUCACUGAAAAAACAUUAAAAAACUAAACAUCAUCAAACAACCUCAUAGAUUGUAUUGUUGUUCACCGCUAUAGAAGCCAAAUUCAGCGCCAUCUAGUGACACGUGGUAACCGCCAAUAUUCGCUGUCGCCCAUUAAAAGCACUGUUAUUGAUUAUCCUCAUUUUCCUUGCUCUCUCAAUUAUUUGAAUUCCCAUUUAUUUUCCAAAAAUACGAUGACUUUGUUACUUUUUAAAAACUAUAACACCGUAUAAAAGUACUCAGAAAAUCCACAAAGAGAUGAUUUAUUAAAACAAAUCGAAAAUUAACAGUUUUAAAAUGGAGUUAAGAAAUUUAAAAAUGAUUUUUUUACUUUUUUUGUCAUAUUCGGUAGAAGUUUCUCUUAUUAACACGUUUACUGCCAACUACGAGAUAACCCGUAAAGUGUUUACUUGCCAUUUUUGUGCAGCUUCGAUUAAACUCGGAAUAUAUAAGUGCUAAUAUCGAUAGAUGGGUUCUGGGAACAGAACAAAAUUCAAUGCUGGCUUGCAUGAACAAAAAAUUUAUUAAAAUACGAAUAAUUAUAAAAAUUAGUUCAAAUUUAGCUUUAGAGAAGCGACAGGUCGAAUCGUAUCUGUGCGUGUCUGCGUACGAAUUAACUCGUAGUUGGCUUCCGCGAAGAGAUUUAUCUUACAGAAGCCAACUAUGAGAUAAUUCGUAACACCUUUUUUAAAAAAAACACAUUUUUUAUGGGUUUUAUGAUAACUAUGCACUAGGAUUUGAGUUUUUAAUAAUAUAAUGUAAUUAAAUCAAAUUGUCAUUUUAAACGAAAAUCUGAACCUUGCCAUGGCAGUCAACGUAUUAACCCCCAAAUAUAGAUUUUUAACUUGUAGAUUAAACUAAGCUUGAUAUGCCUCGCAAAUCUUUGAAUUUGUACUCGAAUCAUACUUUUUCUCUCUCACUUUAAUAAAUUGGCCGCAAAUAUAACAAAACGCAUCUGGUUUACAACUUCUUAUAGCCAUUUUGCACAGAUUGAUAUAGUGAAAAAUGAUAUGAAAGACGUUAGUUCUCUGUAAUAUUCAAACACCAAAUUUCAUACAUAACGAGCGAUGCAUGAAGCACUCCUCUUAUUUCUCUUUCUACACCAAUAGCGCGCAAAAAACAAACAUUGUCAAAUCACUAAGUUCUUAAACAGAAAAAAAAAAUUUUUUUGGCCCGUGUAAUCGACACAAACGAAACUUAUGGAAAAAUUUAGAUAAUAUAAGGUAAUAAUUUAAAAAAUUUCCAAACCUUUUCAAAAACUGGUUAACUGAUUCAGCUUAGACUUCAAACAUAGCAUAUGUUUGCAUUUGACGUUUGUCGCUAAAGGAGACUUUUAUGUGCUAAAGAGAAACAU